UGUUAUCGUAUAAUAGUCAAUAAUUAAUCACAAAUCUCGAGUCGGACUAGCAAAUAAUAAUAAUUUAGUGGAUAUAGCAAUUAAUUCAGCAGCUAUCAUCAAGAUGAUACCGAAAAAAAAUGCCGGUGAAGGAUGCGCACAUCGUGAAAAUCGCUGUGGAGCGGGAGAAUCAUAUGGCACAACUUAUAAAUCUGGAUCAACGACAUCCACUUGCAAGCAAAAUACAAGAAAUAUGCAAUGGUUGGUCCAUUAGCGAUCAUCAGAAUUAUGCGCUGCAGUUCUGCGAACCCAACAAUAUGAAGUAUGUGACGGAAAAGAAUAGGAAUGAGAUUAAAAAUGGCUCUGUGCUGUGUCUACAGUACUCACCUUCGAAGACGGCCAGCGAUGCAUUAGAUGUCUUGAUCAAUGGUACCCCUGACGACAAGGCGCAACGUCUCAAGGAGUUGACAUCAUUGAGCACCGAUCACACAUUUGCUUUGGAAUUUAUCAAGGAGAAAGGCUUGGAUAUAUUGAUUAAAAUGAUUGUGGAUGUCAGUCAAAAGAAUGAGGAUAUACUCAAUUACAGUCUGGCCAGCUUUGUGGAGCUUAUGGAGCACGGCACCGUAUCCUGGGAGGUGCCUGAAAACUCCUUUGUCGCACGCAACAUUGAAAUCGUGCGCAAUUUCCAAAAAUAUCCAACCAAAUGUGGCGAGAGUGCGCUUUCGAAUCUCGAGAACAUUGUGCAAAGCAGUAGCAAAUAUGUGCUGGUAGCCGAAGACAUUAAACUGCAGGAUCUGCUGCGUCUACUACAGGAGGUCAACUCACCGGUGAUGCGUCAGAAUGCUAUUGCGCUGCUCAAUGCACUCUUCAUGAAGGCGGAUGAACAACGCAAACGUGUCAUUGCCAACACCAUCAGUGCCAAGCAAUAUCGCUUGGCUUUAAUUGGCAACGGACUGAGCACGGAGAUGACACAUCAGCUGUAUGUACUGCAGACACUCACGAUUGGUCUAUUGGAGAAGCGUAUGCGUAUGAAGAUGAAUGCGCAGGAUCAGGAUGCACAUGAGAAAAUCAAAGAAUUGCGGCGCAUUGCUUUCGAUGAUUAUGCGGGCAAUCUCAGCUUGAAUGAUGAGCACAUUCGACGUGGUGGCGGUGGUAGUGGAGGAGGCGGCGGCGGCUCUGGUGGUGGCAAUGUCAACUUCUCACAGUACUACAAGAAACUGGGCUUCAAGUGCGAUAUCAAUCCCGCACAGGACUUCAUAGAAACGCCACCAGGCAUCUUGGCGCUGGACUGCAUGGUUUACUUUGCUCGCAACUACACGCAGCAGUACACGAAGAUUGUUCACGAGAACUCCUGUCGCGCCGACGAACACGAAUGUCCCUUUGGACGCACUUCCAUUGAGCUGGUUAAGUUGCUCUGCGACAUUUUACGCAUAGGCGAACCACCCGCAGAGCAAUCGGGGGACUUUCAGCCCAUGUUCUUUACUCACGAUCAGCCUUUUGAAGAGUUCUUUUGCAUUUGCGUCAUUACGUUGAAUCGCACCUGGAAGGAUAUGCGUGCCACAGCCGAGGACUUCCAAAAGGUGUUUAGCGUAGUGCGCGAACAAAUUCAACGCACUUUGAAACUUCGCCCCGAGAACUUGGAGGAUUUUCGCAGCAAGAUUGCACUGCUCACAUAUCAGCAGAUAACCACGCUGCGGCAACAGGAGCGCACCUCGAAGGAGGAAUGUGAUUCGACGGCUUCGGCCAUUGUGAAGCUCAAAGAGAAAAUCUCGCCACAAAUCGAGGAGCUGAUCAAACAGCAGCGACUAUCGUAUCUAGUGGAAGGUACUCGCUUUUCUAAGUAUCUGCGCGGCACACGCACAAAGGACAAGUUCUGGUAUGCACGCUUAUCACCUAACCACAAGGUGAUACACUAUGGCGACAGCGAUGAGAAGAACAUUCCCACGCUGGAAGAGUUGCCCAAGAAGCUGCCCAUCAUUGAUAUCAAGCAGCUGUUGGAGGGCAAGGAGUGUCCGCACAUGAAGGAGACCCGUUCUCGCAAACCAGCCGUCAGCUUGGCCUUCUCUAUCACAUUCGAGAGCAUGGAUCACUCGACCCUCGAUUUUAUGGCACCGGAUGAGAGCGUGUUCAAUUAUUGGACAGAUGGCAUCAAUGCGUUGCUUGGCCAGGAGAUGUGCAGCAAGCAGAAGAAGGAGGACUUUGACACGCUGCUCUCUAUGGAGAUCAAGUUGCGGUUGCUGGACACCGAGGGCGUGGACAUUAGCAAGGAUCCGCCGCCAAUUCCCGAGGAUCCGGAGAACUAUGACUUUUGUUUCGAGAGCUAAACAAACUAAAGUAUUGCAAUAAUCAUUCGUUUGCAAAUCAAAUCAGAAUUUCGAUUAAUUCCACACACGCCCAAGAUACAUACCAAAGUGUACCCAUUAUAGAAAGAGAGAUUAUCUUUCAGUCCGAUCUGAGUUUUAGUAUUAACUGUGCAAUUUCUAAACGAAUGAACAAAUGGAGCGACGAACACUUGCGUUCCCUCUACAUAUUAGCCAUUUAGUCAUCAUUUACAUACACAUACACACACAUUUUGAUUAAUUAUUAUAUUAAGUAUAUAGUAUAUAUAUAAUAUAGAGAUUCAUUAAAUACAA